GUGGCUCACUCCUGUAAUCCGAGCACUUCGGGAGGCCGAGGUGGGAGUAUCACCUGAGGGUACAGCUCUGACAGGGGAGAGAAAAGUGACACCAUUUUGGGUAUUCUUGAGCUUCAGAAUGCAACCAGACAUGUCCUUGAAUGUCAUUAAGAUGAAAUCCAGUGACUUCCUGGAGAGGGCAGAACUGGACAGCGGAGGCUUCGGGAAGGUGUCUCUGUGUUUCCACAGAACCCAGGGAUUCGUGAUCAUGAAAACAGUGUACAAGGGGCCCAACUGCAGCGAGCACAACGAGGCCCUCCUGGAGGAGGCGAAGAUGAUGAACAGACUGAGACACAGCCGGGUGGUAAAGCUCCUGGGCGUCAUCAUAGAGGAAGGGAACUACUCCCUGGUGAUGGAGUACAUGGAGAAGGGCAACCUGAUGCACGUGCUAAAAGCCGAGAUGAGUACCCCGCUUUCUGUAAAAGGAAGGAUAAUUGUGGAAAUCAUUGAAGGGAUGUGCUACUUACAUGGAAAAGGCGUGAUACACAAGGACCUGAAGCCUGAAAAUAUCCUUGUUGAUGAUGACUUCCACAUUAAGAUCGCAGACCUCGGCCUUGCUUCCUUUAAGAUGUGGAGCAAACUGAGUAAAGAAGAGCACAAUGAGUUGAAGGAAGUGGACAGCACCUCUAAGAAGAACGGCGGCACCCUCUACUACAUGGCGCCCGAGCACCUGAACGACGUCAACGCAAAGCCCACGGAGAAGUCAGAUGUGUACAGCUUUGCCGUCGUACUUUGGGCGAUAUUUGCAAAUAAGGAGCCAUAUGAAAAUGCUAUCUGUGAGCAGCAGUUGAUAAUGUGCAUAAAAUCGGGAAACAGGCCAGAUGUGGACGCCAUCAUUGAGUACUGCCCAAGAGAAAUUAUCAGCCUCAUGAAGCUCUGCUGGGAAGCGAAUCCAGAAGCUCGGCCGACAUUUCCUGGCAUUGAAGAAAAAUUUAGGCCUUUUUAUUUAAGUCAAUUAGAAGAAAGUGUAGAAGAGGAUGUGAAGAGUUUAAAGAAAGAGUAUUCCAACGAAAAUGCAGUUGUGAAGAGAAUGCAGUCUCUCCAACUUGAUUGUGUGGCAGUGCCUCCGAGCAGGUCAAAUUCAGCCACAGAACAGCCUGGUUCACUGCAUAGUUCCCAGGGACUUGGGAUGGGUCCUGUGGAGGAGUCCUGGUUUGCCCCCUCCCUGGAGCACCAGCAAGAAGAGAAUGAGCCCAGUCUGCAGAGUAAACUCCAAGAGGAAGCCAACUACCAUCUCUAUGGCAGCCGCAUGGACAGGCAGAUGAAACAGCAGCCCAGACAGAAUGUGGCUUACAACAGAGAGGAGGAAAGGAGACGAAGGGUCUCCCAUGACCCUUUUGCACAGCAAAGACCUUAUGAGAAUUUUCAGAAUACAGAGGUAAAAGGCACCGCUUAUUCUAGUGCAGCCAGUCAUGGUAAUGCAGUGCCCCAGCCCUCAGGGCUUAGCAGCCAACCUCAAGUGCCAUAUCGGAACAAUGUAUUAUAUAGCUCACAUGGCUUUGGAACAAGACCGCUGGAUCCAGGAACAGCAGGUCCCAGAGUUUGGUAUGGGCCAAUUCCAAGUCCUAUGUCUAGUCUGUAUAAAAUCCCGGUGCCUGAGACCAACUAUGUAGGAAACACACCCACGAUGCCAUUCACCUCCUUGCCACUAACAGGUAAAUGGGUCUUUGAUAGUCACAACCUUGUCUUUUUUUAUUUUUCAGAAAAUAACACCACUAGUCUGACCGAUAAACACCUGGACCCAAUCAGGGAAAAUCUGGGAAAGCACUGGAAAAACUGUGCCCGGAAACUGGGCUUCACACAGUCUCAGAUUGAUGAAAUUGACCAUGACUAUGAGCGAGAUGGACUAAAAGAAAAGGUUUACCAGAUGCUCCAAAAGUGGGUGAUGAGGGAAGGCAUUAAGGGAGCCACAGUGGGGAAGCUGGCCCAGGUGCUCCACCAGUGUGCCAGGAUCGACCUUCUGCACCACUUGAUUUACGUCAGCCAGAACUAACCCUGGAUGGGCUAUGGCAGCUGAAGCGGACUCCUCACUUAGUUAAUAACCCCAGAAAGUUGGCUGCCUCGGAGCAUUCAGAAUUCUGUCCUCACUGAUGGGGGUUCUGUGUCUGCAGAAAUAUUGUUUCCUGUAUUUCAUAGCCAGGGAAUGGGGAAAGAAGUCUGCGGCAAAGGGGUCUCACUCUGUUGCCCACGCUGGUCUCAAACUUCUGGACUCAAGUGAUCCUCCUGCCUCGGCCUCUCACAGUGCUGGGAUAUCAGGCAUGAGCCACUGCGCCCAGCCAACAAUCCGCUCCGAGGAAAGCAUAAGCAGGAAGACCUCUUAAUGGCCUAGCACCAAUCAAAAAAUGACUCCUAAUUGGGUUUGGAAAGGGAGAGAAGAGAUGUCUGAGGAAGGUCAUUUUCUUUCAGCUUAUGGCAUUUCCUAGAAUUUUGCUGAAGCAAGAAGAAAAACUCAGAGAACAUAAAAUCAACUUUUAAAAUUGUGUGCUGUCUUCUUCACGUAGGCUCCUGUUAUGAACAAAGUACAGUAAAAUUCUAAGCCCUGUUCAGAGACUUUUUGAAUCACAACUGCAGCUCAUUGCCACGUUACAGAGUCUGUUAACAUGGAUAUCAAAUACCGUAUCAGUCACUAUAGGCUCUAAGAAUCACAUGCAGUCUUCACUCCAUUAAAUUAUCGAUUUUUUUUAAAUUAAUUGAA